UUUUUUUUUUUUUUUUUUUUUUUUUUUUUAUUGUUGGUUGUUCAAAUGAACCCAGUUUUUCUCCUUUCGCCCGGACCUUAAGACCUUCGCAAAAGAACGUGCAAGACCUGAGGCCUCUUCCGGUCCAUGAAGGUCACGCCGGACUUGUGGAAGUCACCAGCAGUCCAGGGGCUGUGGGGGUCACGACGGCCGGCCGGGGUUUAUGGAAGAAAUCACCAAGGGUCAGAGGGGGCGGUGAGAAUUACCACGUAUCACUUGGAGGCUUCCGGGAGAGAUCACUAGAGAAUGGAGAUGGCGAGGGCGGCAGAGAUGAGGAGUCCUUAGAGCUAUGGGCGGUCAACCCAGAUCACAGCAAAGGAUCUGUCCACAUAGGUGCCAGGGCCGGCCUUAACACUGGGGUAUGAGGAAUCUCUUUUCCCCCAAACCCCGAGAGCUGCACCUUAGAUGAGGCUGAGCCGAAUGAUCCAGACCUGGGGCUUCAGUGCUACCUCAUGUAGGGGCGCCUGCCUGUUUUCGUCGCUUCGUUGGGCGACUGUCUGAUUGCCUGGAGAUUAUGAGUGUGCUGGCGGUAGGAGCUAGCGGUGAUGUGUACGUGCGCAAGCGAACUUCUGACUCCAUCCCUUGUCCAUUGGGGGCCAACAAUCCUAUUCUAAAUAGUCCCUUUCGCCCCCUCGAGGCUCGGUGAAACUUGACAGCGCGUUUUCAGACCGCCCUGUACUUCCCUAAAUUCUCCCGUUAGGUGACUGAGAAAUUUGUAAUCCGGCGCGUAGGGCUCCAGCCUGGAAGGAGCAGAGACGUGAAAUUGCCAAACCCAACCCGCGUCCAAAGCUGGAGCCGCUCCUCCUGCUGUCAGAAAAGUGGGUCCCUGCGUCUGGGACAGUGAAAAAGAGAGCGCAAGACCCGGGCACAUCCCCAGCUCAUGCCCAGGGAAGGGACGCAGCCCAAGAAGAGAGGGGAGACGAGGUUGGCGGAGAUGCCUUCCAGGCCAUGCCACACUACAACUUGUCCCCACUUGGCAAAUGAAGAGACUGAGGCUUCUGGGCCGGAUGUGACUCGCGCCGGAACCCAGCUACCCGGACGGAGUGGGGUAGUUAAGCCACUAUGAUGAGCUCGGACCCGGUAUCCCUCUAGUAGUCAGGUGGGUUUCCUAUCCUCGAGGUUUGGGAGGCUCCAGGAUCUGGAAUGAGGGCUGCGCAGCGUGGACCUCCGAUGGGUACGCACCGGGCUUUUUGCAGGAGGUGCCGCGGGCGGCGGGGUUAAGCUCUUAGCCACCGCCCCGGCCUAGGCACGAGCUCGGAACACUGAACCAGCACCUCGGACCUGCAGUCCACCGCCGCACGCCAUGGACCUACGCCUCUGUCCCUGCCGCAAGGCCCUGCUCCCGAGUGGCCUCCUGUUUGAACUGCUGCUGCUGCUGCUGCUCGCGGACCCGGCGCUCCAGGCCCAACGUCACCCCCCAGUGGUGCUGGUGCCUGGUGAUUUGGGUAACCAAUUGGAAGCAAAGCUGGACAAGCCCUCGGUAGUGCACUACCUUUGUUCCAAGAGGACCGACAGCUACUUCACUCUCUGGCUGAACCUCGAACUGCUGCUGCCUGUCAUCAUUGACUGCUGGAUUGACAAUAUCAGGCUGAUUUACAACAGAACAUCCCGGGCCACCCAGUUUCCUGAUGGUGUGGAUGUGCGUGUCCCUGGUUUUGGGAAGACCUUCUCAUUGGAGUUCCUGGACCCCAGCAAAAGCAGUGUGGGUUCCUAUUUCCACACCAUGGUGGAGAGCCUUGUAGGCUGGGGCUACACACAGGGUGAAGAUGUCCGAGGGGCCCCCUAUGACUGGCGCCGAGCCCCAAAUGAGAACGGGCCCUACUUCCUGGCCCUCCGAGAGAUGAUCGAGGAGAUGUACCAGCUGUAUGGGGGCCCUGUGGUACUGGUUGCCCACAGUAUGGGCAACAUGUACACACUCUACUUUCUGCAGCGGCAACCACAGGCCUGGAAGGACAAGUAUAUCCGUGCUUUUGUGUCACUGGGAGCUCCCUGGGGGGGCGUGGCCAAGACCCUGCGCGUCCUGGCCUCAGGAGACAACAACCGCAUCCCUGUCAUUGGGCCUCUGAAGAUCCGGGAGCAGCAGCGGUCUGCAGUCUCCACCAGCUGGCUACUGCCCUACAAUCAUACCUGGUCACCUGAGAAGGUGUUUGUACACACACCUACAACCAACUACACACUGCGAGAUUAUCAACGGUUCUUCCAGGACAUUGGUUUUGAAGAUGGCUGGCUCAUGCGGCAGGACACAGAGGGGCUGGUUGAAGCCAUGGUGCCACCUGGUGUUCAGCUGCACUGCCUUUAUGGCACUGGUGUCCCCACACCAGACUCCUUCUACUAUGAGAACUUCCCUGAUCGCGACCCUAAAAUCUGCUUUGGUGAUGGUGAUGGCACUGUGAACUUGGAGAGUGUCCUGCAGUGCCAGGCCUGGCAUAGCCUCCAGGAGCACCAAGUGUCAUUGCAGGAGCUACCAGGCAGUGAGCACAUUGAGAUGCUGGCCAAUGCCACCACCCUGGCCUAUCUGAAACGUGUGCUCCUUGGGCCCUGAUUUCUGGGCCAGGCAGGGCUGCUGAAUGGCUUGGCCAUGGGGUUUCCCCCAGUCUCUGGGACUGUCAUCAAGCUCCUGGGUCUUGGGCUUUGGAUUAUCUGCCUUGAGAAAGUACUGUUUCUUAUCCUUCCUCUAUGGUAGUGAAGAAGGAGGAAAUAAGCAUGGACUCAAGGGACACGUUAUAGAAAGAAUGCUGCUGCUGUUGGAUUUGUUGUGACCUCAGAAAUGGGCUCUGCGGGGUGGAUUGGUUGGUACCUGGCCCUAAUCUCCAACUUGGGGGUCAUACAUUCCUUCUACCCCUAUGGCCUUUCCACACUUGCCCAUUGGCCCUUGGACUUCCUGUGAGAGAUGUUACUUAGCGAUGGUCCCUGCCCCCACAGGUCCCAGGGUGACCCUUUUCACAUGCUGGCCUCAAGUAGGCCUGCUGUUGGCCAUGGGUGGCUGGAGCUGCUGGCUUCCCUGUGGCCUCACUGGUAGACACAGUGGCCUGACUUCAGGCCAUGGGGUAGGCUUCAUGGGGUAGCCUGGUACCCCCUGCAGGCAGGGGCAAUUUGUUUUGUUUUCCAUGGUUCCCAGAUCCAGGGGCAUAUACUCCACUCCUACCUCUCACCUCCAGGAGCAGCCUAGUCUGGAUCAGGCAGCAGAUGCUCCCUCAGUUUGGGGGGCUAUGUCCCAGAAGCCCUGAUCCCCUUGGUUGUGCUGUGUCAGUCCUAGUAUUGAAGCUGGCUCCCUUGGCUCUGGGACUGUGGUUCAAGGAGAGCUGUGCCCAGUGCCAUGACCUUUUAGGGAACUGAAGGAGGCAACCAUGGCUGCUCAGAGCUGCCCUGAGCUGCCCUCAUGCAAACCCUACCACCACAUUACCAUCCUGCUAGGGUCUCUUAGAACCUAGCUGGGCUGGCACAGGGCUGAGAGGUAGUGGGUUUCUGACCCACUGCCCAGCACCUUCUCCCAGGAAGCUGAAUGGUAUUUAGUUUCCAGGGUCUAGCCCAGAGACUUGAGAGCCAGGAGCCUAGGGCCCAUCUAGGGGUUUUCUGUCUGCCCCAGGGAUGCUAUAUGGUCUCCUGUGAUAGCUGGGAUGGAGAAUCUGGACCUGCCUAAUGGCCGUGGGUGCCAAAUGGGCACGUGGCUAUAGGCUGAGAUCUAGGUCCAAAGCCACCUUCAGGCUGGCCUGCAUUGUUGUACCACCAGAUUUCACAACUCUAGAUUUUCCAUGUUGUACACAUGCCCAGCAUCUGUCUCUUCCUUUAUUCCUGGGUGGUGAUCCCUGUAUGGGGCUCUGAGAAGGCUGUAUCUGGUUACUGGCAAUAAAAAUAUUCUGAAUGCUGUAAA